GGAGGCGCCCGCCCGGCUCCCUGCAAAGCGGCCUUAUUUAUCUGGGCACUGCCUCAGCCUCCCCGGUGGGAGGCUCGGGGCAGCCGAUCCUCUCCCACCGGGGAGCUCCUCUCGGGCGCGGCCGAGGGGGCCGGCCAGGCCGGGGCGCGGGGCGCGGCAAGGCCCUGCCGGCCAGGCCAGCACCUCGGCCGCCUCCCCGCUUCGCCAGCGCCCAUGCCGGGCUCCCCAUGACGAGAAGACGCCCGGCGGACAGCGUGGCAUGAGCCAGGUGCCCGGGCCAAGAUCGCGCGAAGAAGAUGUCGAGCCCGGGUGUGGACGGCGACCCCAAGCCUCCAUGCUUGCCUCGCAAUGGCCUUGUGAAGCUGCCAGGCCAGCCCAACGGCCUGGGUGCAGCCAGUAUCACCAAGGGCACACCAGCUGCCAAGAACCGCCCCUGCCAACCACCUCCCCCACCUACCCUCCCACCGCCCAGCCUGGCUGCCCCACUGCCACGGGCUGCCCUGGCUGGGGGCCUGUGCCCCCCAGCAGGGCUCCCCCUUGGUGGACCAGCCUCAGCCCCAGUUCCCGGGCCCCCAGUGGAGCGGCCACCACUGGCCACAGACGAAAAGAUCCUCAAUGGCCUCUUCUGGUACUUCUCAGCCUGUGAGAAGUGCGUGCUGGCCCAAGUGUGCAAGGCCUGGCGGCGCGUGCUCUACCAGCCCAAAUUCUGGGCAGGCCUCACACCUGUGCUGCAUGCCAAGGAGCUCUACAAUGUGCUGCCUGGUGGCGAGAAGGAGUUUGUGAACCUGCAGGGCUUCGCUGCGCGUGGCUUUGAGGGUUUCUGCCUGGUUGGCGUCUCCGACCUGGACAUCUGUGAGUUCAUCGACAACUACGCCCUCUCUAAGAAGGGUGUCAAGGCCAUGAGCCUCAAGCGCUCCACCAUCACGGAUGCUGGCCUGGAGGUGAUGCUGGAGCAGAUGCAGGGCGUCGUGCGCCUCGAGCUGUCGGGCUGCAACGACUUCACCGAGGCAGGGCUGUGGUCCAGCCUGAGCGCGCGCAUCACCUCGCUGAGCGUCAGCGACUGCAUCAACGUGGCCGACGACGCCAUUGCGGCCAUCUCGCAGCUGCUGCCCAACCUGGCCGAGCUGAGCUUGCAGGCCUACCACGUGACGGACACGGCGCUGGCCUACUUCACAGCACGCCAGGGCCACAGCACGCACACCCUGCGCCUGCUCUCCUGCUGGGAGAUCACCAACCACGGCGUGGUCAACGUGGUGCACAGCCUGCCCAACCUCACCGCGCUCAGCCUCUCCGGCUGCUCCAAGGUCACCGACGACGGUGUCGAGCUCGUGGCCGAAAACCUGCGCAAGCUGCGCAGCCUCGACCUUUCGUGGUGCCCGCGCAUCACCGACAUGGCGCUCGAGUACGUGGCCUGCGACCUGCACCGCCUGGAAGAGCUGGUGCUGGACAGGUGUGUACGCAUCACGGAUACUGGCCUCAGCUAUUUGUCCACCAUGUCCUCCCUCCGCAGCCUCUACCUGCGAUGGUGCUGCCAGGUGCAGGACUUCGGGCUGAAGCACCUCCUGGCCAUGAGGAGUCUGCGUCUCUUGUCUCUGGCAGGCUGCCCGCUGCUGACCACCACGGGGCUAUCUGGCCUGGUGCAGCUGCAGGAGCUCGAGGAGCUGGAGCUGACCAACUGCCCCGGGGCCACCCCCGAGCUCUUCAAGUACUUCUCGCAGCACCUGCCCCGCUGUCUCGUCAUCGAGUAGCGCGGGCCUCCCCGCCCCCGGCCCCCGCCCCGCGCCCCUCCUGGCCCCGCCCGGGCCGGGAGGGGCGGCGGGCGGGCCCAGCCCCUCGCACGCACGCACACUCGGGGACUCUGUGCAUGCCCCUCGUGCCCGCACUGCACGCCCGCCCUCCACCGCACCACAGCCGCCUCCAUCUUUCGUCCGCCCGCUGGGGGGGGGCGGGGGGCGGGGCUCGGUCCUAGGGGGGCGCUUUGAGCUCUCCUGACGGCCCCCCUUACCGCCUUUCCCGCCACACCCCGCUCUGUCUCCCCGCUGUCCCCCCAUCUCGGGCAGGGCCCAGAGGGAUUGAGGGGAGCUGGGUCCCCCAGGACACAGGGGCCAGAAGAGCCCCAAGGGCUUCCCGCAUCUUCCACUGCACCACGCCUGGAGCCCUCGGAGGGGUGCGAGGGGGAACAGGCCACCGCCAAAGCCAUGGCCCGCCAAGGAGCCCAAGUCCCACCCGCCCUUGCCCCAGCUCAUGCCAGCCUGACCCAAGAGACCUCCCCUUUUCCUUAACCCCCGUGUGAGGCAGCCCCCUGCUCGCCCCACCCCCACCUGCAGGCCUACAGGUCCUUGGGCCAGGCUAGGGCAGAACUGUAUUUGAGGGAGGGACAGACUGGCUGACCACCAUCUUGCUAUAAUCAACAUUAACCCAGCCGGCUGUAGCUUACCUCAGCUGCGGGGGGGGAUACAACCACCUUGAGAGACCACAAGCUGGAGCGACCCUCAGGCCCCGCAGGCCUUGCACGCAGUCCUGAGUGGACCCCACACCACAGCCCCUGUAGUCACCAGGGCCCAGUCUCCUCAGUGCCACACUGCACCCCGGGCGGGUCUCUGUCAGGUGGAAGCUGGACAAGCGGGCCCAGCCAAGACAGGAUCAGUGCUAGCAGGCAAGUCCAGUCUUACAAGUGGCCAGCACACCCUCAGCAUCCAGAGGAGGGAGGGCUCCUUUCGAGCUGCCCCCCUCCCCUCCCCAGCUUCCCAAACCUCUGCCUGCCCAAAGGGGCUCUGGCCAUGUUCUGUCCAAUCCCAAGACACAUGUGAGUCCUGGGGGGAUGCUGGCACAUCUUGGCAAUUGCUGAGGAGGGGGCUGGGACCCCUUCCCAUCCCAACCUUGGAGCCCCAGGAAGUACAGUGCCCACACCCAAUCUUGGGACACCCCCCAUCUGGUUGGAAGAAAGUAACCAGUUUCCAGAGAGCCAGAGAGUGAGAGAGAGCGAGAGAGCGAGAGAGCGAGAGCGCACGAGCGAGCGAGAGAUGCUGUUGAAGCAGAGAAAGAGUUCAACAGCCCAAAGAUUUCCCUGUCCUGGAGUGCCCGCAGGAGGCUCCGGGGCUGAGGUGGUCAGGAGCCAGUUUCUUCAGCCCCUCCUCCUCACAGCUCCCUAGUGGGGAGGAGGCAGCUGUCCAUUUGUCCAAAGUAUUAAUGCAACUGAAGCUGUGAUAUUUCCAACGAUGUAGGAGGAAAAAUUAAGGGGAGAGAGGAAAACAAACAAAACCAACCAACCCCUAAAACCAUUUUCUUAUUGUACAUAACGACCUCAUUCUCCUGUAUAUGCGGAAGAUAUAACCUUAUAUUUGGUAAGUGUUUCUUGUGCUAUUUUAUCACGUGACCUGUUUAUAAAAAUAUAUAUUAAAAAAGUUGUAAAAACA